AUGACCGGUAUUCUGGACUCUGUAGACAAAGACUUGGAGCUUUGCCACACUGGCGGCGCAGUUGCGACUUGCUUCCUUAAGGAGGCAGUGAUGUCCUUCGCAAGCAUUGGUGGGCUUGCAGCCAGGAUCUGUGGUGUGUUCAUUGCAGACAAGUACGGUCGUUCGGCUGCUCUUUUUGUGGCUGAUGUGCUGAUCUUAAUCUCCGUCGCAGUGCAGUCAAGCACCACAGCAGUUCCCAGUUUCUUGAUGGCUCGCUUCUUGAUUGGAGCGGGGAUGGGCCUGGCAUUCGUAGUGACCCCAACUUACCUUUGUGAAAUCGCUCCGCGAGCACAACGUGGUAUUUUCGUGUGUUUGCAUGAAGUUGCCGUGUGUGUCGGUUGCUUGCUUGGACUGCAUGUCUCGUCUCGAGAUUCUGCAGAGUGGCGGUGGCAGGGCAUAAUGGCGCUUGCAGCACUGCCCGCUGCAGUGCAGCUUGUUUUUAUUUGUGGGUUGCCAGAGAGCCCGCGGUGGUUUGCAUUGCGAGGAGAUGUCGCUGGUUUGGAUCGAGCUUGUGCAUCAUUAGGAUUGGAGGGAGAGACUGCUGAGCUCAGAAAGCUUGUGCAGACGGGUCAGGUGUCGGCCGAUGCAAGUUCGAAAACACAAAAUGCUUGCAGUCGAAAUCUUUCUAACUGGCGCAAGCACAGACGACCCUUCCUUAUAGCGCUUGGUUUGGCAGGGGGCACCUCGGCAACGGGGACCUAUGCGAUCCAAACCUACGCAUACGACUUGCUUCGGGUCUCUGGCGUGCAGGAGCCUGCCGGGCUGUUGCCAGUUAUUGGAUGGAUGAAGCUGCUCGGGGCACUACUUGCCAUGUUUUCCUCGGACCGGCUGGGACGGAGACGGCUCGUCAUUACGGGAAGCUUCCUUUGCACCCUGUGCGACGUCCUCUUGGCGUUUCAUAUGGCAAUGCCCGCAUUUUUGCAGCCACAGCUCGCCGCUUCUUGCAUAUUUUUUCGAAUUCUCUCGUGGAAUGCUGGUUAUGGCGGCGUGCAAUUUGUGGCUAUAUCUGAAAUCCUGCCCAACGAGGUCCGUUCUUCCUUCAUGGGUCAGUGCCAAGUUGUGGCCAGCAUGAUUGACGUCCUCAUCUUUCAGCUAUUCGAAACGCUGCUUUUCACCAACAAGGCCGUGACCUUCGUGAUCUUUGCUGCAAUAAACUUUAGUUCGUGCCUUUUCGCUUGCCGAUUCCUGCCAGACUUGCGUGGACUUUCGCUUGAGGAGAUCCACGCGGACGGGGGGGCUGGAAGGUCGUACGGUGUAUUGUCGGAGGUUCCCGCAGAGUCCGAGGCCAAGGCAGAACCCGAGCCCACGGUCAUUGGAGCUAGCAAGGCGCGUGACGCCUGUGUAUGA